AUGUUGUCUUACUCUGAAAUCGGAUUGGUCGCUACAGCCAUUGGCUCUAGUUGGUAUAUCUACCACAAAACUCGAGGGGCAAAAGGGCGACUGCCUCCCUCUCCUUCUGGAUCUUAUCCGUUCAUCGGACAUGCACUUGUACUGCCGAACGAACGGGAACACCUUGUGUACAAUAAAUGGUGCAAAGAGUUGCACAGUGAUAUAAUAUCGUUGACCGCAGCUGGGCAGACUAUCGUUGUCUUGGACUCAGUGGAAACAGCAACGGACCUACUAGACCGGCGGUCAAGGAUAUACUCAGACCGUCCUCAACUCCGAGUCAUCUCCGACCCUGACUUGUUCGAUUGGGGAAACAACACUGGCUCAGCCCCCUACGGACCCCGGUGGAAGAAACAAAGACGAAUAACCCAUGAAUUACUUAAACCGUCUGCCAACGCGCAUAAUUUUGAACUGUUCGAGAAAGAGACUUAUGCCAUGCUUAAAAGGUUAGCCGUAGAUCCGAAGGAAUUUGGAAAUGAAAUACGUCGAACCGUUGCGGGUGAGAUCCUACUUACCGUUUAUGGCUAUACCGUGGAGGGCAUCGACGACCGCCUCGUUCGAGACAACGUUACCGCAAUCGAGAACUUCACAUUCGCAGCCAUCCCUGGAAAUUUUAUGGUCAAUUUUCUUCCGUGGCUCAAAUACGUGCCUGAAUGGCUCCCUGGUACUCAAUGGAAAAGAAACCUCAAAGAGUGGAGGAGGCUUAAGGAUCGUAUCAGUGUGAUGCCAUAUAAUUGGACAAAAGCCCAGAUUGCGUCUGGUUCUGCAACCCAUUCCAUGGUUAAGGUACACUUGGCAUCCAUUGAAAGUAAUCCACAAUUAGACCGCGCCGAGGAAGAAGAUCAUCUCUUGUGGGCUACUUCGACAAUCUUCAGCGCGGCAGCAGAUACUACACACACUACGCUCAUGUGGUUCGUUCUUCUUAUGGUACAACAUCCGGAGAUCCAAGCCCGAGCUCAGGAAGAAAUCGACAGAGUGACCAAUUCUGAACGACUGCCAAAAAUUUCUGAUAGAGAUUUGAUGCCAUAUGUCCAAGCCAUUGUGCAAGAAGUCUUGCGUUGGCAACCUCCCGUUCCACUAGGUUUCCCGCAUGCCUCAACUGAAGAUGAUGAAUAUCGAGGUUACUUCAUUCCCAAAGCAUCAAUUAUGAUCACCAAUAUAUGGGCCAUGACCCGUGACGAGUCAGUAUAUGCGUCUCCAGAACGAUUUGAUCCUACUAGAUUUCUGGAUCCUAAUACUCCAAGGGCGCCUGUGUUUGGAUUUGGGCGCCGAUCCUGUCCAGGUAAUCAUUAUGCUGAAGCCUCAUUGUUCAUCAUGUUCGCCUCGCUGCUGGCGACAUUCAACAUUAGACCUAAAACCAACCCUGUCACUGGGGAAGAAGAGAUGCCAAAGGUGAAGGCGACUUUUAAUGCUAUCGUGAGCUACAUCGAACCGUUUGAAUGCUCAAUCAAACCUCGGUCCAACGUUUACAAGGAGCUAAUUGAUUCAGCCUGA